AUGCUGCCAUCCAGGCCGAGAUCGGGGUCGUGGGGAGGUGGGACUCUGACUCCGACUCCUCCGGCUUCCAUUUCCCAGGCGACUCCUCGGCACGAGCGCAGCAGGUCCGCCACCACGUACUCCACACUAUCCUCCCAGGUGCGCACGCACGUAGCUGCACAUGCUGCAUGGACGUCCAGUUUGGUCGACGGCAGUCCUAACUUAUAUAUGGGCUCACUGCAGCGUGGCAGCGGCGGUGGCGACAUGACCAUGACGACGGAGCAGACGGAGACGACGAUGCUGGAGUCGCUGAUCCGCCAGACCAGGGAGCUGGAGCAGGCCAAGGUCGCGCUCGAGGAGGCCAGGCUCGAACUCGCCACGCUGCGAGGGCAGCAGGGCGCGCCGGCCCCCGCCAACGGGCCCGCGUGGAGCGUCAUGGACCUCAUGUUCGGCGGCGUCGACGAGGAGAUCAACGGUCUGCGGGGCAGGCUCCGGGCAGCGAUGCUCGCCGAGGACAAGAACAGAAAGGCCGCGGACGACCUCGCGGCCGCGCUGUCCGCCGUCACCAUGGAGGCCAAGCAGGUCAAGGCGUGGCUCUCCGACGCGCAGACCGACCUGGAGCGCGCCGACGCCGAGGCCGGCCGGCUCGAGUCGCUGCUGCGCGCCACCGAGGCGGAGCUGCGGUCGGCCACCGACCAGCUCGACGCCGUCACGUCCGAGUGGAAGGAGGCCGCGGACGCCUGGCGCGGGCGGGAGAAGGCGCUGCUCGCGCGCGCCCGCGCGGCGGAGGACGACGCGGACGGGGUCCGGCGGGAGAGCGCCGAGCUCGCCGGGCUGCACCGGGCGGUCGACGGCGAGAACGGCGCCCUGCGGCGCGCGCUGGAGCGGGCCGUGGAGGAGGCCAACGCGGCCAGCGAGUCACUCGAGUUCGCCACCGGCGAGAACUCCGGGUUGCGCCACGCCCUCGCGGAGAAGGAUAACACCGUGGAGUCCCUCAGGCAGGAGAACGAGGCGCUAAAGGCUAGCGAGGCCGCGGCGCAGGGGCGCGCCAAGGACCUCGACGACCAGCUCGCGGCGGCAACCAAAAAAGCCACCACCGCCGAUCGUGCCGCGGAGCUGCCGCUGGACAAGUGGAGAAAUGAAGCUCAGGGCAAGCUCAGCGCGGCGUUCCUGGCGGACUCCGGCAGGGUGCUGGCCACGAGCCGGAAGGACCGCAUGUUCGCGUCCAUCAGCAACAUCGCCGAGCUCAGGUCCGCGGCGGCUGCGGCGGCCAUGGACGACUACGACUACGAGUUCGAUCACUUCGACGACGGGCGGCAGUACGGCGGCCUGGAGCACGCCAUGAAGCACAAGAAGAGGAGGUCCGUUCUGAGGAAGUUCGGGGACUUCUUCAGGAGGAGAAGCUUCCACAGGUCUGAAUUUGUGCCGGUGCCGCACUACACUACAGUAGCUACCAAGGAUCUUACUAGAUAG